CUUUCUUCCAAAAGUUCCACCUCACUAGACAUGAGAAAAUUCAUAGAUGAUAAGCUGUGUGAAUGUAGAGAUUGCCGGGGAGUUUUCCACUUCAAUUCAGCCUUGACUGAUCGUCAGACAUCUCGUACAGAUGUGCACUUGAAAGUUUUUGGCAUCCUCUGUGUCACGCUGAUGUGGGAGAUCCAGGAAGAUACCUCAUGUCCUGUAAGCUAGAAAUGGGGUCAGUACUGUUUGAGGACGUCGCUGUGGAAUUCACCUGGCAAGAGUGGAAGCACCUGGAUGCUGCUCAGAGGACCCUCUACAAGGAUGUGAUGCUGGAGAACUACGACAGCCUGGUGUUCCUGGGGCACUGCAUAAAAAAACCUGAGUUAAUCUUCAAGUUGGAGCAUGGAUUUGGGCCAUGGAGUGCAACAGAAGCUUCCGUAUGGAGCAUCCCAGGUGAAAAGCCUUAUGAAUGUACAGUAUGUAGGAAAGCUUUCUACUUUAAGUCUGAACUCACUCUACAUCAGAGAAGUCAUACUGAUGAGAAACCCUUUGAAUGUAAGGAAUGUGGAAAAGCUUACUCUUUCAAGAAACAACUGACUGUACAUCGACGAAUUCAUACAAGGAAGAAGCCCUUUGAGUGUACUAUAUGCAAGAAAGCUUUCUGUUUCAUAUCCCAACUCACUGUACAUCAGAGAAGUCAUACAGGCGAGAAACCGUUUGAAUGUAAACAAUGCAGGAAAGCUUUUUCUUGCAGGCCACAACUCAAUAUACAUCAAAAAACUCAUACAGGUGAGAAGCCUUUUGAAUGUAAAGAAUGCACAAAAGCUUUCUCUUGCAAGCAAAGACUCACUGUACAUCAAAGAACUCAUACAGGUGAGAAGCCCUAUAAAUGUACAGAAUGCAAGAAAGGUUACUCCCAGAAACCACGCCUCACUAGACAUAUGAGAACUCAUACAGGUGAAAAACCUUUUGAAUGUGAAGAAUGUGGGAAAGCUUUCUAUUGCAAUUCAGAACUCACUGUGCAUCGGAGAACUCAUACAAAAGAAAAGCCCUAUGAAUGUAAAGAAUGCAAGAAAUCUUUCUCUUCGAAACAGCAACUCACUGUACAUCAAAGAACUCAUACCGGUGAGAAGCCCUAUGGAUGUACAGACUGUGGAAAAGCUUUCUCCUGCAAGUCACACCUCAGUCUUCAUCAGAAAAUUCAUACAGAUGUCAAGCCCUAUGCAUGCAGAGAGUGUGGGAAAGCUUUCUACUACAAGUCACGCCUCAAACUACAUCAGGGAACUCACGAGAAGCCCUUUGAAUGUACAGAAUGUGGGAAAGCUUUCUACAACAAGUCAAAACUAACCCAACAUCAGAGAAUUCAUACAGGUGAAAAGUCCUUUCAAUGCACAGGAUGUGGGAAAGCUUUCUACAACAAGUCAAAGCUCACCCAGCAUCAAAAAACUCACACAUAGGGUUGGGGAGAUGGCUUACUGUCAAGGUGUUUGCUUGCAAAGCCAAAGGAUCCUGGUUUAAUUCUCCAGAGCCCACAUAAGCCAGGUGCACAAAGAGACACAUACAUCUGGAGUUUGUAUGCAGUGGCUAGAUGCCCAUUCUCUCUCUCAAAUUUAAAAAACCUCUUACAUAGUGAAUUUCAACUCAGCCAGGGAUACACAGAAAGACUUUUCUCUGCUUUUAAGUAAAUGAAUUUUGUUUAAAACAAUCUUCCUAUAAUAUGAAGAAUUACAGUAUUUUCCCAGUAUGGCAACAAAACAAUAAAUGGAUGCAAAGCUGCAGUGAGUUAAGACCCCAGGUCUUAGCCCACCAAAUGAAAUCUGGUAAGGAUGAUGAUCAUAAAUGAUAAUCAUACCAACAUAAUAUUACACAUGUUAUUUUACCUUCUCUUCCCCUAAGGUUCUUGAACACAUAAAAUUCAAAAUUAUAGUUACUUUAUCUAUUACUCUUUUUAAUUUUCAUGUGUAUAAAGUAUAUAAAAUAUGAAUAAGCAAUUUCAAUAAAUGUUUUAUACAAAAGUGUAAAUAUGUAUGUUGAAUCCUGUACAGUUAGAGCUAUUAUAUUUUAUUUGAAUUAACGUAAUAUGGAAAGGUAUAGAGCUGUACAGAGCUAAUAUUUAUGUAAUGAGAAUAUGUUGAAGUUGAUUUUCAGGAGUUAUGUAUGUAUUAAGCUAUAUGAUCUCACAGAAAAAUGAUAGGAGGGGCUGGAGGGAUGGCUUGGUGGUUAAGGCACUUGCCCACAAAGCCAAAGGACUCAGAUUUGAUUCCCCAGGACCCACGUAAGCCAGAUGCACAAGG